UUUCAGUGAUGUCCAAUCAUCUCGACUACUAGUGAGUACACAGCCACGGCCAUGUAGAUAUUCUGGCAACAAUAUGGCAUGGAAGUGGUUUGCUAUGGCCUUCCUCCCUAAACUACAGUCCUGGUAUUUCUUUAUGGCCUCCAUCAAAAUACGCCGGAGGUCCGAUUCUGUUUUAAGUUUAGAUUCCCGACGAGGUUCGACUGUACUUGCUACAUAAGGCUGUUCUCUCUCUCCCUCUCCCCCUCCCUCUCCUUUUCAGCAUUAUUCUCAAAAUCCGUUUUUGGAAAAAAAAAUUGUUACCCUUUGCAGCUGAAGCCUGGUUAUGACAAUAAGACCUGAGGCUAAGUCUACCACAGUAGUUUGAAGCCUUGCAAAGGGUGAAGUAGAAGAUCUCAAGAGGCGGUGGCAGCGCCGGCGCAAGAACCCCGUUCGGCUUAAGAACUGCCGCCAUGGCCGCACUUGCAGCACUCUUGUCCUGGCUGCGCUGGUGCAGCUUGUUGUGGAUACUGCUUGUGGCCUCUCCGGCUGCUUCCUCUUGGGCCAUCGCCGCGGAUGAGGCCACCGGCAGUGAGACGAGAUAUGUACGAGGCCGCGAAACAGAUGCAAAAAGGGAUCAGCCUGAUGAGAAGCGUCAAUCCCACGAUUCCUCAUAUGGCACGUUCGCCAGCGAGUUUUACGAUACACGUUUCCUCUCCGAAGAAGGUUAUCCUUUUCCUACUGCUCCUCCAGUAGAUCCAUUUGCAAAAAUUCGAGUGGAUGACUGUGGAAAAACAAAAGGAUGCUUUAGGUAUGGUAAACCUGGAUGCAGUGCAGACACAUGUGACUACUUUCUCAGUUACCGCAGAAUAGGAGCUGACAUAGAGUUCGAAUUGAGUGCUGAGGCUGAUGGCUGGGUAGCUGUAGGAUUUUCUUCAGAUAAGAAAAUGGGUGGAGAUGAUGUCAUGGCCUGUGUUCAUGAUGACAAUGGAAGAGUCAGAAUACAUCACUUCUACAAUGUUGGUCAGUGGGCAAAAGAGAUCCAGAGAAACCCUGCCAGAGAUGAAGAAGGUAUUUUUGAAAACAACCGUGUCACGUGUCGAUUUAAGCGUCCAGUGAAGGUUCCCAGGGAUGAAACUAUUGUAGAUCUCCAUCUGAGUUGGUACUACUUAUUUGCUUGGGGCCCAGCAAUUCAAGGUUCUAUAACUCGGCAUGAUAUAGAUUCUCCACCAGUUUCAGAGCAUGUGGUCAGUAUUUACAAGUAUGAAGAUAUUUUUAUGCCUUCAGCUGCCUAUCAGACUUUUUCUUCUCCAUUUUGUUUGUUACUUAUUGUUGCUUUGACAUUUUAUUUAUUGAUGGGAACCCCAUGACAUCCACUCUGGUGACAAAUUGAAAUUAUUUGUCAGUCAGCGUUGUUGAAAAUGCUAGUCUUUUUUAUUGGAGUUUGUAUCACAAGACAUUUAAUUAUUCAUUCAGAUUGUAAUAAACCUGAGCCAUAAAUAUGUGCCAAAUAAUUCAAGAUUUGAAAAUCAAUGCAGUAAGUGCUUCUACUUUACUGAAUACUUUUAAUAUAUAUUUAGUCUGUAUUUCUAAACACAUCUACAAAUCUGUAAGUAACAUCGAGUAAACAACCUAGAACAAGGUGAGACUUGCCUGUGAGUAAACAUACAGUACAUAGCUUUUUACUGUUUAAAAUAAACUACAGUAUGAUAAUGUCAUAUUAUGAGAAACAUAGACAAUUUCAUUUCCUAUUAGCUUUCAUUCAAGCAAAUAAAAAUAAGGGAGAUGUCAGUGAAAUGUGGUAUGUUAUAAGUUAGAUUUCUGCUUUGAAAGCCACAGUGACUGCAUUAAUUUUUACUUUUCCAGAUAAAAUGGUAUUUAGGCUUAAAUCAACAACCUUUUUAGUCAAUGUUCACAUUCAGUAGUCUGGAAUGUCUGAGGGUUGUUCUUCUAAAUGUGAGCAGCAGCUAGACAGAAAAGUGGUAAAGUGGGUAUGGUAUCUUCAAGUCAUUAAAUUCUGAUCUAGCUCUAAACUUCUUUUCAUGUGUGGUUCACAUUAAUCAUAAGUAAACUUUCUAAUCAUCUCUAACUUUACACUUGAAAAUGCAUUUAAUAUAUUUAUUAAUAUAGUUUUAAAUUGAGUUCAUAAAUUAGUCAUAUACACUUAACUGACAAUUGACUAUUUUCCUUUGGAAAAUCCUGGUUCAGGCAUGGAAGCUCAUUUGUUAACUUUGGACAAGUUGUAUCUCUCAGCUUAGUCUCCCUCACAUGGGUAUUUUACUGAGAAGAAAAUUCAAGGAGAGAAU